CGGGGCUCUAUGGAAACGUAGGGACGCCAGAUAGCAGGAAGUGUCUGAAAAUCGCGCGACCUAGCAGUGUUGUGCGCGGCGAUAGGGGCUUUCCCGUUUUUUAAGAGGAUUAACCUUCUUCUUACUACAUCCAAGACGUCGAAGUAUAACAAAGGACACAGUACCACUGUUUCGCUGUAUUUCCCAUGGCUGUUUAUGAAGUCUAUGCUCACCCUGCGCUGCUCAGAUAUAAAACCAGUAUCUGCACGAAAGCCACACUGUUUAUCGUCAUUGUGCUGUGUCUCACCUACAUCCCGCCUUUGCUUGUAGCAUACAGGAGCCAAGGUUUCUGGCUGAAGCGGAGCACGUACGAGGAGCAGCCGACUGUCCGGUUCCGGUACCAGAUUCUGCUGAUCGCUGCGACUAGCACCGGCGGAGAUUAUGUGGCUUGGAGCACCUUCCCAAACUUCAACAUCUUACAGGGCAGUAAUUUGCGAAUUCCAGUCGUUUCGGUGCGCGAGGAGGACCGGAAUCUGGACGGGAAGUUUGACCGUCUGAAACUUCGUCUGGAGCUUCCGCUGACACCCGAUGAGCAAGUUUACAGCGUGCAGCUCUUGCUCACGUUUUCCUACCAGUUAUUCAGGAUGUCCACAGUGCUGAUGCAGACCCUGCUGUACGUGCAGCAGUCCUCCUCUGUUCCCGGCGCUCAGCUCUACAUAAACGGGGACCUGCGGCUGCAGCAGAGAACCCCGCUCGCCCACCGCGGCAUGGACACUACCUACAAUGUGUCAGUCAUUGAUGGGAACAGCCCCUUUGCCAGCUCCUACGACCUGGUCAACAUCAUGGAGUCCUACCAGGAGAGAAACCUAACUACGGUUCUGGCGACUUCGGGCCCAGUGUGGACUGUUGGCCGGGCAGCACAGGCCCCGUUCCAGAUCAACGCUGUGAUCCGCUACCCUGUGGAGAUCAUAAGCUACCAGCCCGGAUUCUGGGAGAUGGUGAAGUUCGCCUGGAUUCAAUAUGUCAGCGUGCUCCUCAUCUUCCUCUGGGUCUUUCACCGCGUCCAAACCUUCGUCUUUCAGAACCAGGUUCUUCCCACCGUGCCCGUCCCCCUCUACAAACAGCACUCACAUUAGUCCAGCCCGGUCCAGGUCUGGUCCAAACCUCCUGUCGUUAUGACGUGUUUAGCCUUCACUCCACACUGCAGGGACGUACUGUAUGCUCACUGAAAGGCACGCACACACACACACACACACGUUGAUGAGCUACAGGCUCAUGGGGACCUCAGCUGAAGACGCAGACACGGGUCAUGUCCUGGCAAGUACCUCUCACCAGUGAGCUGGACUGCGUCCGAUGAUCGCUGUAAAAAAUGAUUGUAAAUCGCUGUAAAUAUUUUUUUGCAUUUCUCUUUUUUAAUAACUUGCAGUGGGUAUAAUGUGUUUAUUAAACUUGAGGCUUCUACAUUU